AUGAGGGUUCUUCAAGGCUUCGUUUCUUCCCUUUUACUUUCGGGCGCGGCUAUUGUCUCCGCAGCUUCCUCAUGGAGCUUUGAGGAUGCCACCGUGACUGUCACCAGCAAAGGUGCUGGUGUUGGCGGAGGUUCAAAGGACAAAUUGAGUCCUUUGACACCGCUGGGCAAAUCUGUAUCGUUGGGCGCAACGGAUACAUUGAAGCUUGUCCUUACAACCCUCGAUGGAAGCACCGCGAAGCGACCUCAUCAGGCAUUCCUUACUCUGACCGAACCAACAACAGGUUUGGAAGAGUCUUUUGUGUUCAAUGUAAAGGACAGCGGCAAGGGAAAGGUCGAUUUGUCUCACAAGGACCUACCCCACCAAUUCUUGACAUCUGAGAAACCAAUUGUCGCAUCGAUCGUCAUUGGAUCAUUCGGCUCUUCCGCGCCAUACAAGAGCAAAGCGUUCGACCUCGCCGUCACCCGCGACCCCAGCGUUCCUCUCAGCGUCCCCGAGCCUCCCGUCCGCUACGCCGCCGAAUCUGAGAUCCACCACAUCUUCAAAGAGGAUGCUAAGUCUCCACCUAAGAUCAUAACAAUUGUGUUCGCGGCUGCUGUUGCUGCUGCGCUGCCCAUUCUUCUCGGUGUAUGGGCUACACUGGGCGCGAACACCAGCCACCUGAGCAAGGCUCUGGGCAACGCACCCGUGUCGCACGGGCUGUUUUAUGGCUCUAUCCUGGCGAUGGAGGGUAUUUUCUUUCUCUACUACACCACCUGGAACCUCUUCCAGACUCUGCCAGCGGCUGCUGUCGUAGGAGUUGUUGCUUUCCUGAGCGGUAGCCGGGCUUUGUCUGAGGUCCAGGAGCGGAGAUUGGCUGGACAAAGAUAA